CAGAUAAGGUUGGCCUCCACGCUGGAGAAGCUCAGAGAGUAUACAGACCUCACUCCGGAGAGGCACCGAGAAAGAGAAGAGCUCUGCUCCAAACCAAAAAAAUAUUCAAAGUUUACAACUGUAUGAUUUCCGACCGCCGAAACUCUGAGAGCUUCAUCACAGCGCCAGAUAUAAGAUUUGUUUUUCCACUGAUUUUUAAUGAUCUUCCGACUAUAACUUCGCGGGAAGUUUGUUUCGGGACUCCGGGAGUGUAAACCCAUAAAAGAGGAGCGAGUCUGGAGUGGGAACCCGCCUGCUGGUGGUAUUCUUCUGACUUUAUAAUCCAAUCCACACUUUUUAUACAUCAGAAAAAUCAUCUGGAAGAAGACGCACCGAGGAGGGAGCGUGAGUGACUCGAGUUGAGCCACAAGAAACCAGGGAAAAAAAAGUUUUGGUUUCUCUUUCUAUGUCUACUAAGAUGGAAACUACUUUCUACGACGACUCUCUGAGCGCCGCGUUCUCGCAGCACGACGCCGCCGCGUUCGGAUACAACGCCAAGGUGCUGAAGCACAACAUGACCCUGAACCUGUCGGACCCGGGCAGCGCGCUCAAGCCGCACCUGCGGCCGAAAGCCAACGACCUGCUCACGUCGCCGGACGUCGGUCUGCUCAAGCUGGCGUCCCCCGAGCUCGAGCGCCUCAUCAUCCAGUCGAGCAACGGGAUGAUCACCACGACCCCCACUCCGACCCAGUUCCUGUGCCCUAAAAACGUCACGGACGAGCAAGAGGGCUUCGCAGAAGGUUUUGUGCGAGCGCUGGCCGAGCUCCAUCACCAGCACAUGCCGCCCAACAGCGUCACGACGACCCCUCAGACAACGAUCAACAACAACAACAGCAGCAGCAGCAGCUCCUCCAUGGCGCCCGUGUCGUCCAUGGCAGGUGGAGGUGUGUUCAGCACUACCGUGCGCUCCGACCCGCCGGUCUACGCCGACCUGAACACGUUUAACCCGGCCAUCACCACAGCACCGAGCUUCACCAGCGCCAAUCCUGCCAUGAGCAGCUACACCACCACCACGUCCAUGCCUCCACAGCAGCAACAGCAACAGCAGCAGCAGCACACCCUAGCCGUGCAGCACCCGCGCCUCCAGGCGCUCAAAGAGGAGCCGCAAACGGUGCCCGAGAUGCCCGGGGAGACCCCGCCACUCUCUCCCAUCGACAUGGAGAGCCAGGAGCGCAUCAAGGCCGAGCGCAAGCGAAUGCGCAAUCGCAUCGCCGCUUCCAAGUGCCGCAAGAGGAAGCUGGAGAGGAUCUCCCGCCUGGAGGACAAGGUCAAGACGCUCAAGUCGCAGAACUCGGAGCUGGCGUCCACAGCCAACCUGCUCCGCGAACAGGUCGCUCAGCUCAAGCAGAAAGUCAUGAACCACGUCAACAGCGGCUGUCAGCUCAUGUUAACGCAGCAGCUGCAGACAUUCUGAAAAUAAAAAAGGGACAUGUGGAGUUGUCGCGUAAGGGACUGAAAGGACACACAGACCAGGUCGGCAUCUCUACCGGCAAUAAAGUCCUCCAGGACCGGGGACUGUCUGACCGCGCGUUUUUACGCUCUGGUGCGUAAAAGGAAGUCCGGUUUGGAGCUGAAAGACUCCUCCGACUGCGCUCACUGGUGACCAUGACAUGACCUGGACAGCAUGAGAGCCUCGCACUGUUACACGUCGUUUCUUCUUCUUCUUCUUCUUUUUUUCCCUAAUGACAAAAAAAAGAGACUCAAUCUUGCUCACCUUUUGACCAAGUUGUGCAUGGACCUAAGCUUCUCCAGGAGCACUCAGUAUUAGAAGAAAAAGAGAACUGUGAUUAGGGACGAUGAAACCUGCACCGAAAGCGAAGAAAAAAACAUUUUUGUUUUAUUUUGUUUUUGACAAAAGCUGCCUGACCUUCUGAGUUGCAAUGUACCUUUACUGCUCUUAAACUGAAUGAAAUUCACGUUGAGUUAGUCGAGCUUCAGCAGUUUUCUAUUUCUCAAGGUUUUUUAAUGAGGUUUCACUCAUUGUUAUGUGUAAAUAAAUACAGAGUACUUAAGUUUACCAUUUGUAAUAAAAAGUACUACAUCAUUUUUUUUAAUGUUUGUUUUCUGGAUUCAUCAGAAACUAAUCAAUAUUUAUGAACUGUAAUAAAAGUAUGUUGAACCAAAA